UGUGCUCCAGUGUUCAUUUCCACGGAGCUGAAGAUUGACUAUUUGCGGGUGUAGACUGCAAGAAAUUUAAAUCCCCCGGGUUGUGAUCGACACUUUAAAAACGAAAUAACAGUAUUUUUUUUUAUUUGUUUCUUUAGUGGAUUAUUUAGUGAGGUUUCAUGUAGUACAUGUCAGAUCGAUAGGGCGUCGGUGUUAAAGUUUUCUAGGGUUUUUUCACUCUCAGUGAAUGGCCAUGGCGGUGGAAGCGCGACCGGAGCUGGUUGGGAAGCGGUUCCUGUGUGUCAGUGGAGACGAGCCGCAGGAUCUCGGGGAUAUCGGGCGCUGGGGCUGGCGAGCUGGUGUCAUCCGAGCCGUUACUCACCGAGACAACAACAAUUCAGAGUUGACGGUGUACGUGGAGUUUGAUGAUCUGGAGUGGGAGAAGCGUGAGUGGGUGAAAGUGUAUGAGGACUUCCAGGUGUUCCUGCUGGAGCAGCAGCUGGUUUGGGCCAAGAGGAGAGAGAGCUCCCUGAUAGAGCAGCAGCUGGCGUGGGCCAAGAGGAGAGAGAGCUCCCUGCUGGGGGAGAACCACCAGGGGACUAAAGACAAGCACAUCCAGUGGCCCGCUCUGGUGAGUUCUGAUCCAUCUAUCUUCCAUAGUGCUGUAUCUCCCUGGACUCAGACCAUCUGAUGUUAGUGUAGCUCUCUGCUCUCUCUGUAUUGUUCUCAGCAGUCUCUCCAUUACCUAGACCCACUCAUAGGAUUACAAUGAUUACAAUGAUUCUACAUCUGUGGUGUGGUACAUAGGAUUAGAAUGAUUAUAUUUCUAUGGUGUGGUACAUAGGAUUAGAAUGAUUUAUAUUUCUGUGGUGUGGUACAUAUGAUUAGAAUGAUUAUAUGUCUAUGUUGUGGUACAUAGGAUUAGAAUGAUUUAUAUUUCUGUGGUGUGGUAUUUAGGAUUAGAAUGAUUUAUAUUUCUGUGGUGUGGUACAUAUGAUUAGAAUGAUUAUAUGUCUAUGUUGUGGUACAUAGGAUUAGAAUGAUUUAUAUUUCUGUGGUGUGGUAUUUAGGAUUAGAAUGAUUUAUAUUUCUGUGGUGUGGUAUUUAGGAUUAGAAUGAUUCUAUUUUGUGUGGUGUGGUCUGGUACAUAUGAUUAUAAUGAUUAUAUUUCUAUGGUGUGGUCUGGUACAUAUGAUUAUAAUGAUUCUAUUUCUAUGGUGUGGUCUGGUACAGCUGUGGCUGUGGCUUCUUCACAAAAGACCAGAAGACGCUUCUGCCAAACGAGGUGGGGGGUGUCUUGUUGAGCAGCUAGUAAAGUCAUAGAGGGGGGUGUCUUGUUGAGAAGCUAGUAAAGUGAUAGAGGGGGGUGUCUUGUUGAGCAGUUAGUAAAGUGAUAGAGGGGGGUGUCUUGCUUAGCAGCUAGUAAAGUGAUAGAGGGGUGUGUCUUGUUGAGCAGUUAGUAAAGUGAUAGAGGGGGGUGUCUUGCAUAGCAGCUAGUAAAGUGAUAGAGGGGGGUGUCUUGUUGAGCAGUUAGUAAAGUGAUAGAGGGGGGUGUCUUGCAUAGCAGCUAGUAAAGUGAUAGAGGGGGGUGUCUUGUUGAGCAGCUAGUAAAGUGAUAGAGGGGGGUGUCUUGUUGAGAAGCUAGUAAAGUGAUAGAGGGGGGUGUCUUGUUGAGGAGCUAGUAAAGUGAUAGAGGGGUGUGUGUUGUUGAGAAGCUAGUAAAGUGAUAGAGGGGGGUGUCUUGCUUAGCAGCUAGUAAAGUGAUAGAGGGGGGUGUCUUGUUGAGAAGCUAGUAAAGUGAUAGAGGGGGGUGUCUUGUUGAGAAGCUAGUAAAGUGAUAGAGGGGGGUGUCUUGCUUCGCAGCUAGUAAAGUGAUAGAGGGGGGUGUCUUGCUUAGCAGCUAGUAAAGUGAUAGAGGGGGGUGUCUUGUUGAGAAGCUAGUAAAGUGAUAGAGGGGGUGUCUUGUUGAGAAGCUAGUAAAGUGAUAGAGGGGGGUGUCUUGUUGAGAAGCUAGUAAAGUGAUAGAGGGGGGUGUCUUGUUGAGAAGCUAGUAAAGUGAUAGAGGGGGGUGUUUUGUUGAGAAGCUAGUAAAGUGAUAGAGGGGGGUGUCUUGUUGAGAAGCUAGUAAAGUCAUAGAGGGGGGUGUCUUGUUGAGAAGCUAUUAAAGUGAUAGAGGGGGGUGUCUUGUUGAGCAGCUAGUAGAGUGAUAAUAGGGGGGUGUCUUGCUUAGCAGCUAGUAAAGUGAUAGAGGGGGGUGUCUUGUUGAGAAGCUAGUAAAGUGAUAGAGGGGGGUGUCUUGCUUAGCAGCUAGUAAAGUGAUAGAGGGGGGUGCCUUGUUGAGAAGCUAGUAAAGUGAUAGAGGGGGGUGUCUUGUUGAGCAGCUAGUAGAGUGAUAGAGGGGGGUGUCUUGCUUAGCAGCUAGUAAAGUGAUAGAGGGGGGUGUCUUGUUGAGAAGCUAGUAAAGUGAUAGAGGGGGGUGUCUUGCUUAGCAGCUAGUAAAGUGAUAGAGGGGGGUGUCUUGUUGAGGAGCUAGUAAAGUGAUAGAGGGGGGUGUCUUGUGCUAGUAAAGUGAUAGAGGGGGGUGUCUUGUUGAGAAGCUAGUAAAGUGGUAGAGGGGGGUUUCUUGUUGAGCAGCUAGUAAAGUGAUAGAGGUGGGUUUCUUGUUGAGCAGCUAGUAAAGUGAUAGAGGGGGGUGUCUUGUGCUAGUAAAGUGAUAGAGGGGGGUGUCUUGUUGAGAAGCUAGUAAAGUGGUAGAGGGGAGUUUCUUGUUGAGCAGCUAGUAAAGUGAUAGAGGGGGGUGUCUUGUUGAGGAGCUAGUAAAGUGAUAGAGGGGGGUGUCUUGUGCUAGUAAAGUGAUAGAGGGGGGUGUCUUGUUGAGAAGUUAGUAAAGUGGUAGAGGGGGGUUUCUUGUUGAGCAGCUAGUAAAGUGAUAGAGGGGGGUGUCUUGUUGAGAAGUUAGUAAAGUGGUAGAGGGGGGUUUCUUGUUGAGCAGCUAGUAAAGUGAUAGAGGUGGGUUUCUUGUUGAGCAGCUAGUAAAGCGAUAGAGGGGGGUGCCUUGUUGAGGAGCUAGUAAAGUGAUAGAGGGGGGUGUCUUGUUGAGAAGCUAGUAAAGUGAUAGAGGGGGGUGUGACUGACACCAGCUCAACCACGUGUGUCUCUGUUUUCCUCACUGCCGCCUCCAGAAGACUAGACAUGUUUACCGGUGGUGUGUGUGAGGCCCCAUUCUGAGAGUGUUGCAGUGUGUGGUGUUGCUGGGGGGAUGUGGAUAUCUCUGUGUUGUGAUUAUGUAAGAGACACAGACAGGCAGCAGCAGCACAGAUGGCUCAGAGCUGACAGAUAAGAGUUCAGAGAGACUGAGAGACCCUGCACAACCGAGACAUCAAAGCAUAUAGAACCUUCUGUCUGUCCCUCCCUCGAUCCCUCCCUCCC